CCCUCCGCCGCCGGGACGGUUGCCAGGGCGACGGCUGCGUGGCAACGGGCUGGCAGCGGGGGCCGCCCGCCGCCGCCGCCGAGCCGCCGCCGAGCCGCCGCCGCGGCGCGCAGAGCGGGCGCGCUGCCCUCCUCGCUAGAUGCUGCGGCGGCCGCCCGGGAGCAGCCACGCUCCGCGGACGGGCAGCGGCCGAGGGUACCAGGCGGGAGCCGGCGUUAACGGGGAAAACGCUCGGCCGCCGCCGGGCCCAGGAGCAGCGAGGAGCGGCGCGGAGAUGGUACCGCUGGUGCGGAGCGCCGGGGGCUCCCACCAGUGGCUGGCGAUCGUCUUCCUCGGCCUUUGCUGGCUCCUGGCACCCGGGAGACUCGCCGCUCCGGGUGGAGAUUUCCCCGGGGCCACCGUGGACAAUCUGGUGGUCAGGAAGGGGGACACGGCGGUGCUUAGGUGUUACUUGGAAGAUGGAGCUUCAAAAGGUGCCUGGCUGAAUCGGUCGAGUAUUAUUUUUGCUGGAAGUGAUAAGUGGUCAGUAGAUCCUCGAGUUUCAAUCGCAACAGCAAAUAGAAGAGAAUAUAGCCUGCAGAUACAGGACGUAGACGUGACAGAUGACGGUCCAUACACUUGUUCUGUGCAAACUCAACACACUCCUAGAACGAUGCAGGUGCACUUAACUGUACAAGUUUCUCCGAAGAUAUUUCGUAUUUCGAGUGACAUCGUUGUGAAUGAAGGAAGCAAUGUUACUCUGGUGUGCCUGGCCACGGGGAAGCCAGAGCCUUCCAUUUCUUGGAGACACAUCUCUCCGUCUGCAAAACCCUUUGAGAGCGGGCAGUACCUGGACAUCUACGGAAUUACAAGAGACCAGGCUGGGGAAUAUGAAUGCAGUGCAGAAAACGAUGUCUCAGUCCCAGAUGUGAAAAAAGUAAAAGUCACAGUAAACUUUGCCCCCACAAUUCAGGAACUUAAAUCCAGCGGUGUGAUGCUUGGAGGGAACGGACUGAUACGGUGCGAAGGUGCAGGAGUUCCUGCCCCGGUCUUUGAGUGGUACAAAGGAGAGAGGAAACUGAUCAAUGGUCAACAAGGAAUUACUAUUAAAAAUUAUAGUACAAGAUCACUUCUUACUGUUACCAAUGUGACAGAAGAGCAUUUUGGCAACUAUACAUGUGUCGCUGCCAACAAGCUAGGGACGACCAAUGCCAGCCUGCCUCUCAACCCUCCCAGUACAGCCCAGUAUGGGAUCACCGGUGAUGCUGAAGUCCUCUUCUCCUGCUGGUACCUUGUGUUGACACUGUCCUCCCUCACCAGCAUAUUCUACCUGAAGAACAUCAUUCUGCACUAAAUGUAAAGACCCAUAAAAGGCUUUUAAGGAUUCUCUGAAAGUGCUGAUGACUGGAUCCAAUCUGGUAGAGUUUGUUAAAAGCAGCGUGGGAUAUAAUCAGCAGUGCUUACAUGGGGAUGAUCGCCUUCUGUAGAAUUGCUCAUUAUGUAAAUACUUUAAUUCUACUCCUUUUUUUGAUUAGCUGCAUUACCUUGUGAAGCAGUACACAUUGUCCUUUUUUUAAGACGUGAAAGCUCUGAAAUUACUUUUAGAGGAUAUUAAUUGUGAUUUCAUGUUUGUAAUCUACAAGUUUUCAAAAGCAUUCAGUCAUGGUCUGCUGAGUUGCAGACCGUAGUUUACAAAAAAAAAAAAUAUUGCAGUAAAAAUGUGCUUCUUUAAGGCUGCAAUACAAAUAUUCAGUUCCCUUCAUAAAUAGCAUUCUAUCCACAUUUACACAGAAACAUUUUUCUUUUUUGAUAAAAAAAAUCAAAUAAUAUUGCCUUCAAAAUAUUUCUUCAAAAUAUUACACAUAUCUAGAUUUUCUUCUAGCAUGAUAUUCAGGUUUCAAGAAUGAGCCUUGUAUUAUAACUGCAUUGUGCAGUACUGCUUUCUGUUUUCUUUCCUUUUUCCUGCAAAUUCAGCAUGGGUGUGCCUUCAUAAAACACUACUUUCCUCUUCCUCUCCAACAAAUCUGGAAUGUGUUUUGGGAAAUGCUAAGGCAUCCUUUUGAGCAUAAGGAGUCUCUAGUCGAGGGCAAAGGUGCUAUUGGCUAAAAGGAAAACCUCCUCUCCCAUCUCCAGGGGGUCAUCGACCUGCUUCAGACUUAGGUUUUCAGGCAAUUAGUCAAGGAUAGCACCAACUCCUUUUUAUGUUUUCCAUCUACCACCACUAACCAGUAGGUGAUCUCUGUAAAAACUAGUUUUCCCAUUACAAAAGAGAACGCAAAUUAUUUUGAGACAUCUUCUGAAUGUAGGAAUGUUUCCCUUAGUCAUUCUAAAUCAAAAUUCCUAAAUGGCUGUAAAUGUGAGAAGCUGAAUAGUCCCUUUUGUAUUACUGGCAAAAACUAUGUGAAUUGGUAUUUUUCUUGCACUUAAUUUUGUACUGGUUUGGCUAAUUUAGCAAUGAUAAAGGAUGCUUUUAAAUACUAGAUAUCUGAAAAUACAUGAAGUAUCAAGCAGAAUUUUAUAUAUAUACAUAUAUAUAUAAAAUACAUAUAUAUAUUAAAACGAGGUUGCUCCAAUAACUGUACUGAAGUGCAUGUUGCCGUCCAUGAUAGAAUCAUCUUUACAGACAGGACUUCAUUACCAAUAUACUAACACUGUACAAAUAUCUUACCACAGCAGUUAAGUCCUCACACACAAUUUCCUAGUACUGCAGUCUAUCAAGAUAAUACUCUCAUUUCACCCAGUGAAGGAUCAAGUUUCAAAAUAGCAUAUAAUGCUACUAACUUUUUUUUUUUUUUUUUUUUAAACAGCCCCGGACAGCAUUAACACAAAACAUUGCUCACAGUUUACAGCUGAAUUUAAAAAUGCCAUCUGUGAAAACUGCUGCGGCAUGAGUCUGGCCAACAGCCCUUGAAUGCAAGAUCUCCUGGUGACCCCAAUAGAUCUUGACUUGCUUACAAAACAGCGAUUGAUGACAAGAAUAAUAAAACCAUUAUCGACAUUAUUAUUCCCCUGUUUUGUAUAUGACCUCCAGUAGGCGACACAAUUAUUAUACUAUAACAUUUUUUCCUCCUAACAAUAGGUUUUCUUAGCGAGCAAUACCAGCUGAGCGCUCUGCAUACUCAGCAGUUCCAAAUUCAGUUCAGAUACCCCAGGUUUUGAAAAGGCAGGCUCCGAGUUUCGCUAGUCCCAAGAUACACUAUCCCAUGCUAAUGUGUAGACAGAGUAUGCAGUGAAUCUGUUGUAGUUACUGAUAAGCUCAGACGCAGGGUAUAAACAGAAAUAUGUUGAAUCCGAAGUAUGGCAAUAAAACCUCCUAGGUCACUCUGCGCAUGUUCAGUGACAGAUUGUACUAUUCCUAUCAUAUUAUUUACAGCCAUGUGCUAAGCAGUUACUCUUUUCAGAAAUGUGGCAUUUUUUAAAACCUUGAAUAACAUGACAAAAUUCAUUCUUUAAGGAAAUAGUAUAAACCCAAUUCAAAUUAUACUAUACACAGUCCUGAUGUUCUGAUCUCUCUUGUAUUGCAGCUUUAAAGUGCUAUAUUUUAGAAUCCAUUCGCUAGAAACAGUGGUGCUGCAGAAAGUAUCAUGUCAGUACAGUUUUUUGAAGAAAGGAAAAAAGGAUACGCAUAGCCCAACUCAUAUGCCUUGUCUCAUGUAAAAUUGAGAGAUGUUUCUAUCCUGUGGCUGGAUCAAAUUGUAUGUUUCAAUGAUAUGUUUCAUUUCAGUGAUUCCUGAUAUCUGGAUCCUGAUAUUUCCAGCAACAGAAUAGAAUGAACAGCAGCUUUAUUAAAUACAAAACCAUAAAUGAAGUAUGGCCUGUUUGCAUUUGUACCAGACAGAGCCACCGGAUAACAUGGACAAGAUGCUCAGUCCCAUCUCUGAAUUUUCACUUAAAUUUGGGGGGACGUAAUUAUUGUCAAGUCAAAAAAUUAAACAAACAAACAAAAUCCCCAAACAUUUCUAGGUGCCAGUGGCGUUUCCUUAGAUGAAAUAGGUAUUUAAUAUCAGUCAGACCUGCGUGUUCAGCAGUGGACAUGUGUGUAUGUGUGCGUGUGUGCGAAGCGCAGGGCGAGGCGCGCUGGGGCUGCGCACAUGCUGCUGUGUGCUCUCGGUGUCUGUAGGGUUAGUCUCCCGAAGGCUGCGUAUGAGACUCUGCCCUCUCAGCCCUCCAGUCCUACAAAGAGGUACAGCCGUGCUUAACUUUAUGCACCGAUUAAUUCAACAGACAUAGUACAUACAGCCAAAUGACCUUAAUUUUUGCAGGAUUGGAGCUGUAGGCGGUGUUGAUCAAAUAAAGAAACUUGGUUCUUGGUGAAUCUGUUCCAUGCGGUAAACUGGUAAUUGUACAGAUUGGGACUUAUUGGGGCGUUCUUCCAAAACGGACGGUGCAGACUGCUGCAAAUUGAACACAACCACAUUUUACGAAAUCCACCCACCCUGUAAUUUGUGGGGUGUAUUUGCUUUAGGCAACUGUUUGAAGGUAUGUUCUAUGCUUCUUCAAAGGAUUAACCCAUACUGUUCAUAUCUGUCGGGCAAAUAUUAUUAUAUUUAUUCCUACCUUUCAAACGUGAAAAAUAAAUGGCUUAGCUCCAAGCAGUAUAACUGAAUAUUUAUAUCAAGAUUGUUGUCCACAUUGGAAACCCCAAAGUCUGUAACACCGUAAGUUCCUACUUGUGCAAUAACUCAGGUCUGCAAUUACCAUUGCAUCGGUGACGUACAUAGAAGCAAUGAUGCUCCAAUUAUACAGUUGCUGAUCGUGAUAUUAUACUAAUACUGAAUUAAAGGAUGUCUCACAACUUCUUGAACAAA